UGCGGAGCUUCCCUUCUUCCUUUCUGAGCUCCCUUGUUUAUUUAUUUGUUUAUUUCUUGAUUUUUCCUUCUCAUUUCCUCCCCCUUCAAUUCAUCGGUGGAGAUCGGCGGAUUCGACCCAACUCCUCUGCGAUCGAAACCCCAAAUCUUCGAGUUCUCCACUCGAUUUCCUUGAAGCAAACUCUCGGAUUGGAUCUCUGAUCUUCGGAUCUUGACUGGAUCUUCCUCGAGAGAAUGGCAUGGAUCGGGAAGGUCUCGUUGGGAGGCUUCCCGGAUCUUGCGGGGGCGGUGACAAAACUGAGCGAGAGCGUGAAGAACAUCGAGAAGAAUUUCGAUAGCGCUCUUGGUUUGGAGGAGAAACCAGAAGCUGGAACUGAAGCUUCAAGAGCAUGGGGAUCGGCAGCAGAAAGGAAAGGGCUUUUUGACCUGGGGGCUUUUGUGGGCCAUAUAGGAGAUGGAAGUGCUCCUGAAGCUUCAGUAAAAGAGGAACCAUCAGGAAAAGAGGAUUCAACACCUUCAUCAGAACAUCCUUCACCAGCUGAAGAGCAUGAUAGGAUGUCAUGUACAUCUGUGGCAGAAACAGCUUCUCCAGUCAAGAUGGUAAAAGAGGAUUCUGAAAGAAAGGGUGAAGAUGUGGAUCCUCAUAAAGAAGAUCUUUCAUCUAAUGCACCUGGAGAACUAGAUGAUGACAGAGCUGAUGCUAAAUCAGAUCGUUCACAGGCAGAGAUAAACUUAUCUACUGCUAGGAGUAUUGAUGUAGCAGAUUUUGUUCUCACAUUACAACAGAAGGCAGAUGCUGAGGUGGGAACAAUCAAUGAACUACAGGCAGGCGAUUCCAGGCUCACGAGCUCAGACGGUGUAGAACAAGUUGAGAAUAUUGUUCCACCUACAUCAAAUGAGUUGCAUCAUGUAAAUGAUUCACAGGGAAGCCACGACAAACAUGAGACAGAAGCUGAUAAAGGUUCUCCUGAUAAGGCUGAUGUUUUAGAUAAUGGGCAAGUGAGCCUUGUUACAGAGUCUUCAGGUGUGAUUCCAGUUGAUAUGCCAAAGUGUGAAAAUGCCAACGAACAAUCUGAUGAUCACAUUUUAAAUUCCAUCAGCUCCGAGCAGGACCUAGCAGUACCUACUGACUCUGUAUUCCAUCAUACUGAUGCAUCUAAUGAGUCAGUGGAAAUGUGCUUGCAAGGAAAUGAUCUUGAACCUGAUGAAAAGAAACAAUCAUCAAGUACAACAUUGAAUUUGCCAGAUAUGACAGAUCCUUUUGUUGAAGUAGAGAAGGUGAAAAAGGAAAUGAAAAUGAUGGAAGCUGCAUUACAAGGUGCUGCUAGGCAAGCCCAGGCCAAAGCUGAUGAAAUUGCAAAGCUGAUGAAUGAGAAUGAACUGUUAAAAUCUACCAUUGAGGACCUGAAGAGAAAAUCCACAGAAUCAGAAAUCGAUGCAUUACGAGAGGAAUAUCGUCAAAGGGUGGCAUCUCUUGAAAGGAAGGUUUAUGCUCUAUCCAGGGAAAGGGAUACGUUAAGGAGAGAACAAAGUAAAAAAAGUGAUGCAACUGCUCUUUUGAGAGAGAAAGAUGAGAUAAUCAGUCAAGUUAUGGCUGAAGGUGAAGAACUAUCUAAAAAACAAGCUUCCCAGGAAGCAACUAUCAGGAAACUAAGGGCACAGAUCAGAGAGUUUGAGGAAGAGAAGCAAAGGCUCAACUCGAAGCUUCAGGUGGAGGAGUCAAAAGUGGAGAGUAUUAAAAGAGACAAGGCAACGACUGAAAAGUUGCUGCAAGAAACCAUUGAGAGAAACCUAGCUGAACUUGCUGCUCAGAAGGAAUUUUAUACCAAUGCACUUAAUGCAGCCAAGGAGGCAGAAGCAUUAGCAGAGACACGGGCCAACAGUGAAGCCAGAACAGAACUUGAGAAUCGUUUGAGGGAAGGUAGUGAACGUGAAGCUGUGCUGGUUCAAACACUUGAGGAGCUUAGGCAAACUCUGAGCAGAACAGAGCAACAGGCAGCUUUCCGGGAAGAAAUGCUCAGAAGGGAUACUGAUGAUCUUCAAAAGCGCUAUCAAGCAAGUGAGCUUCGUUACAAUGAGCUGAUCGCACAAGUUCCUGAAUCAACCAGGCCACUUCUGAGGCAGAUAGAAGCAAUGCAGGAGACAACUUCCAGAAGAGCAGAAGCCUGGGCUGGCGUAGAGAGAGCCCUGAACUCUCGCUUGCAGGAGGCAGAAGCCAAAGCUGCGGCUGCAGAAGAAAAGGAACGAGCACUGAAUGAACGUCUUUCUCAAAGUCUUUCCCGAAUUACCAUUUUAGAAACUCAGAUCACCUGUCUUAGAACAGAACAAACACAGCUUAGCCGAUCGCUUGAAAAGGAGAGACAGAGGGCAUCUGAAAGCAGACAAGAAUAUCUUGCAGCAAUGGAGGAAGCUGCAACUCAAGAGGGUCGGGCCAAACAGCUUGAAGAUGAAAUUAAGGAGCUUCGAAGUAAACAUAAAAAAGAGUUGCAAGAAGAAGUGAGACACAGAGAACUUCUGCAAAUGGAGCUUGAAAGGGAGAGAACUGCCAGACUGGAACUGGAAAAAACUGCUGCUCGUGAAAUUCCUGUUGUUGCCAAUCAAAACCCAAGUAAACUCGCUAGCCCUUUUGUUGAAAAUGGACAUGCCCCCAAUCAUAAGCUUUCAGGUGCUAGGAGUCUGAGUAGCAUGGAAGAAAGUCUUCUCUUGCAAGCAUCUCUGGACUCAUCUGACAACUUUUUGUCUGAGAGGAGAAUAUCUGGGGAAACAACCCCUUAUUUUCUAAAGAGCAUGACUCCAAGUGCUUUUGAAGCAGCACUUCGUCAGAAGGAUGGUGAACUUUCAUCUUAUAUGUCACGCUUGGCCUCAUUGGAAUCUAUUCGUGACUCUUUAGCUGAGGAACUGGUAAAAAUGACACAGCAGUGUGAAAAGCUGCAAGCAGAAGCAGCUAUUUUGCCUGGCUUACGAGCAGAGCUGGAAGCUUUGAGGCGAAGACACUCUUCCGCACUGGAACUUAUGGGUGAACGUGAUGAAGAGUUGGAGGAACUCCGAGCUGACAUUGUUGACCUGAAGGAGAUGUACAGAGAGCAAGUUGAUUUGCUUGUGAACAGGAUUCAGAUGUCUAGUUUUUCAGCUGGUGCAGCUUAAUCAACCAUUGGCUGCUUUUGCUGAUUAAGAUUUGGUAGUGCCAUGGACAUUCAGACUAACAGCUCUUGGAAAAAUCCUUUCUACAUCCUUGAGAAUUAUAUUCCUAAGUAGGAAGCAAUGUUGUAUACUGAAACGGAUGUGAUUCACUUCUUCCAUUCUUGUCAUAUGACUGAUGAUUGUAUACCUACCCUAUUUGUAAAAGUCUCCGUAUCUUCGGUACAUGGAUUUUUACAAUUUCAUAUAAUGCAUAAACAAAAAUAUUUUUUUCCUGUUCCUUAAA